CGACCGGUCUAUAGACUGGUUCAUUGACUUUAAAGGACGACGUCCAUCAGCUGAUCAGAUGUAAGCUGUAACUGACAGUAAGACUCAGGUUAUUCUAGAAAAGAACUAGUUUGUACGACCUGUUGUUGGACUACGUCUGAAAUCAAAGAGUUUCUGUCUGUUGUGAACGUCCUCACAGGAAGGUGGAGCUAAAACUCUGUCCGUCAUAGAGAGGGGGGAGACGUGAUGUGGUUUAAACAUGGAGAUAACUUCUCCAUGUUCACACAGUCUCUCCUGGAAGACAUUCAUAGAGUUGACCUCAGUUGUUCACAUGAAAAGUGACAGAAACAGUUUGUGUGAAGAGAGAAGUUCAAACCCCGCCCACUUCCUCACCUGCACACAGCUGACCAAUCACUGCCUUGCUUCAGGGCACGUCAGCAGUGUUCAGUGAGGGAGGGAGAGCUAUAUGGAGGGUUGGUGAGAGCUGUUGGGACUAAACCAAACUGACUGAAGCCAAACACUGAGCUGAAAGCUACAAGCAGCUGCAGACUGAGCUGUUGAUUCUCAGUGGGAUCAGCAGGACUAGUAAACCUUUACCGCUACAGGGAGUCGUCUGAUUGGCUGUCACAUCCAAACAUGACUUCAUGGACCUUUAGCUUGUGUCUGUCUCUGUGUGGACAGACAUAAUGUGAGCUCAUUCUUCAUGAUUCCUCCACAGAGUGGACCAGGAGAGCUCAGAGGUUCCCAGUGGUCAGUCUGCCCAGCAGCAUCAAACACAGCUGGACUCCAUAUUUAUGCUGCUGGAGGAGAACAUGGUCACUUUUGUGAAGAGCGAGCUGAAGAGGAUGCAGAAGCUUCUAAAUCCAGAUUACCCAGAAUGCUCAGGGAGUCAGAGGGAGGAUGAGGAGGUGUUGGACGGUGAGGAUGAAAAGCAGAGGAGGAGCAGAGAGGCAUUUGUGAAGAUCACAGUGAACUUCCUGAGGAGAAUGAAGCAGGAGGAGCUGGCUGACUGUCUGCAGAGCAGACAAGUUGCUGCAGUUUGUCGACAUAAACUCAAAUCUAACCUGAAGAAGAAGUUCCAGUGUGUGUUUGAGGGGAUCGCUAAAGCAGGAAACCCAACCCUUCUGAAGCAGAUCUACACAGAGCUCUACAUCACAGAGGGAGGGACUGGAGAGGUCAAUGAUCAACAUGAGGUCAGACAGAUUGAAACAGCAUCCAGGAAACCAGACAGACCAGAAACAACCAUCAGACAAGAAGACAUCUUUAAAGCUUCACCUGGAAGAGACAGACCAAUCAGAACAGUGAUGACAAGGGGAGUGGCUGGCAUUGGGAAAACAGUCUUAACACAGAAGUUCACUCUGGACUGGGCUGAAGACAAAGACAACCAGGACAUACAGUUCACAUUUCCAUUCACCUUCAGAGAGCUGAAUAUGCUGAAAGAGAGAAAGUUCAGCUUGGUGGAACUUGUUCAUCACUUCUUCACUGAAACCAAAGAAGAAGGAAUCUGCAGGUUUGAUCAGUUCCAGGUCGUGUUCAUCUUUGACGGUCUGGACGAGUGUAGACUUCCUCUGGACUUCCACAACACUGAGAUCCUGACUGAUGUUACAGAGUCCACCUCAGUGGACGUGCUGCUGACAAACCUCAUCAGGGGGAAACUGCUUCCCUCUGCUCGCCUCUGGAUAACCACACGACCUGCAGCAGCCAAUCAGAUCCCUCCUCAGUGUGUUGACAUGGUGACAGAGGUCAGAGGGUUCACUGACCCACAGAAGGAGGAGUACUUCAGGAAGAGGUUCAGAGAGGAGGAGCAGGCCAGCAGCAUCAUCUCCCACAUCAAGACAUCACAAAGCCUCCACAUCAUGUGCCACAUCCCAGUCUUCUGCUGGAUCACUGCUACAGUUCUGGAGGAGGUGUUGAAAACCAGAAGGAGAGGAGAGCUGCCCAAGACCCUGACUGAGAUGUACAUCCACUUCCUGGUGGUUCAGUCCAAAGUGAAGAAGGUCAAGUAUGAUGGAGGAUCUGAGACAGAUCCACACUGGACUCCAGAAAGCAGGAAGAUGAUUAAGUCUCUGGGAAAACUGGCUUUUGAGCAGCUGCAGAAAGGAAACCUGAUCUUCUAUGAAUCAGACCUGACAGAGUGUGGCAUCGAUAUCAGAGCAGCCUCAGUGUACUCAGGAGUGUUCACACAGAUCUUUAAAGAGGAGAGAGGCCUGUACCAGGACAAGGUGUUCUGCUUCGUCCAUCUGAGUGUUCAGGAGUUUCUGGCUGCUCUUCAUGUCCAUCUGACCUUCAUCAAGUCUGGACUCAAUCAGAUAUCAGAGGAACAAUCAACACUUUUCUACCAGAGAGCUGUGGACGAGGCCUUACAGAGUCCAAAUGGACACCUGGACUUGUACCUCCGCUUCCUCCUGGGUCUUUCACUGCAGACCAAUCAGACUCUCCUAGAAGGCCUGAUGUCAAAGACAGGAAGUGGCUCAAAGACCAAUCAGGAAACAGUCCAGUACAUCAAGAAGAAGAUUGAAGAGACUCCCUCUGCAGAGAAAAGCAUCAACCUGUUCCACUGUCUGAAUGAACUGAAUGAUCGUUCUCUAGUGAAGCAGAUCCAACAGUCCCUGAGAUCAGGACGUCUCUCCACAGAUAAACUGUCUCCUGCUCAAUGGUCAGCUCUGGUCUUCAUCUUACUGUCCUCAGAAGAAGAUCUGGAUGUGUUUGACCUGAAGAAAUACUCUGCUUCAGAGGAGGCUCUUCUGAAGCUGCUGCCAGUGGUCAAAGCCUCCAACAAAGCUCUGUAAGUAUAGAGAAAGUUG